AUGAUAAUUCCGCGCGACAUCUACAAUGCAUCUCCACCAGAGCGUCGUACCCGCAUCGGCAACAACCCCACGUUGUUGUACAGCUGGUGGUGCACCAUCUUUUCCAUCGUCAUCAUCGGAUUUCGAGUUUCCGGCCGGUACAUUCGGAAUGAGCGACUCUUCCGUGAAGACAAGAUCAUGGCCUGGAGCAUCAUCCCGCUGGCCGCGCGCAUGGGAUGCGUGCACAUUGUUCUCAUAUACGGCACGAACAAUGUCGACGUUAGUCAGCUCACAGAUCCCCUGAUCAUCCGUCACCGCGAAAUAGGAAGUCAGUGUGUGCUGGCUGCACGGAUCUUCUAUGCCAUGUUUAUAUGGAUGGCUAAAUUCACCGUCUCCGAAUUCCUUAAGCGCUUGACAGAACGUUUCUGGAAGAAAGGCUACGAAUGGGGAUUGCGUGGCAUACGCAUCUUUCUCGUCGUCACCUUCGUCAUAGUCUUCAUUGCCACCCUUGCCGAGUGCCACCCCUUCACACAUUACUGGCAAGUCAUCCCGGAUCCAGGACCGCGAUGCCGCCAGGGCUACGCCCAACUCCUAACAAUGGGAAUCACUGAUAUCAUCACGGACAUCCUACUGGUUGCUUUCCCCAUUCCGAUCAUAUUCCGAUCUGCUAUGCCAUUAAAGCGCAAGCUCUCACUCACCGCGCUGUUCUCUUUGUCUAUCAUACUCAUCGGUGUGACUAGUGCUCGGAUGCCCCUUGUCAUCGACCGAAGGGGCUUGCAACAAUUCCGCACCGUAUUUGCGUCAACAGAAGUACUCGCCGCCGCCAUAGUAUCCAACGCCAUCAUCUUAGGAUCAUUUCUCCGCGAUCGAGGUGUCAAGAAGGCCAAGUUCAAGGCACCAUCUACCAACGAUAGCAUGGAGCGAAGAGGUUCAGCUCGCCGAAUGACCGAUCAAACCUGCAGCAGCGACGAAAAUCUCGCUCGAUCUCUCGGCUUCAGAACCGCACCUGAACUUGCCGAGAAUCGUCCAACUGUACCCAGACCAGCACCCGUAGCCGACAUAGGCCUACUUUCAUCUGGCAAACAAGAUGGCCCAUUCACGAACAGCAAUUGGCAGUUUCCACAAGAAGAGCUUGGCAUGUUUGACAGGCACGAUGAUGCAAAGCUGAGCAUCACCGAUAUCCGAGACCCCAUGCCGAGUCCUCGAGCUGGCCGCCGCGUCUCCUGGGUAGAUGCCGGUGGUCUUCUUGACAAUGCAGCCGUGACACCGUCACCCACCGAUUCUGUCAUCGCACAUGACUUCGCACCACAACCACGCAGGAACUCGAGAGCAUCCAACGCAUACCUUCCCAAUUGCCGCCCUUAUCCUCCUGCAGCACGACGUUCAUCGCGACUUUCUCAACGAUCGGAAGAUUACGAGAUGUCAACUCCUAGGCCGAACUAUCAACUUGAAGAUCUCGGUGGCUUGCUCUCUGAGGAGCAGGAGAAAGAGAGCAAUGAUCGUGGACUCCUCUCCAACAACCCUGCCGCACCCAUACGACGCACCACCACCCAGACCAGCUAUGACGUUCCUUCUCUGAAGGAUCCUGGCGGUCUACUCUCCUAG